AUGGGCAAAGGCGGAAGGAAUCCAAGUCACAUCAAUGAAGAACGCUACUUUCUCGUUCGGUUUACGAGUGUUCUGGACUAUGAAAGAGCAGUCACGAACGGACCGUGGAUGAUAGGCCCGAACUAUCUGUCUGUGCACAUGUGGGAUAAGAAUUUCGACCCCUAUAACCACGAAAUCUCUUCAACGUUAGUUUGGGCGAGACUUCUAGAUAUUCCAAUUCAUUUCUUCCGCCAGGAGGCUGUGAUGAAAAUUGGGCGUCGUAUUGGAAAACCAAUCCGCAUUGAUGAAGCUACUCGAACAGCAGCAAGAAGCGAUUACGCCCGAGUUUGUGUCCAAGUGGACCUUACCAGACCCUUACUAUCGAAAUUCUCUAUAAAAGGGAAGAAGUAUUUCAUCCAGUAUGAAGGGCUGGAGAAUAUCUGUUUAAACUGUGGUACCUAUGCUGAAAAAUGGGGCUGCUCGUGCGCCAAAUCGCAGGCACCAAUGGAAGCGGAGCAAACAGUACAAGAACCCGUGCCAGUGGUAAAUCGAAAUGAACCCCUCUACGGGGAUUGGAUGAUCGCCAAACGCAAACCCCGGACCCAGAAGAAGGACCAAGGAGUGACUGGGAACCCUAAGGGAUCCAAAACGGGUCAGGGCGCACACCAGCACGUCGGGGGUUCAUGA